GGAAGCGGAAGCGGCGGAGCGGGGCCAGGCGGCGGCGGCGGCCAUGGCUACGGCGGGGGGAGCGGCGAGACGCGAGCCGGGAUCCGAACCGGGAUGCGAACCGGGAUGCGAACCGGGAUGCGAACACUACCGGCGGGGCUGCCGGCUGCGGGCGCCGUGCUGCGGGAAGCUGUACCCGUGCCGCCUGUGCCACGAUGGCGCCGAGGAGCACCAGCUGGACCGCUUCCGAGUGACCGAGGUGCAGUGUGUCCGCUGCCGCCUCCUGCAGAAGGCCCAGCAGCGCUGCGAGGGCUGUGACAGCCUCUUUGGRGAGUACUACUGUGACAUCUGCCACCUGUUUGACCGUGACAAGAAGCAGUACCACUGCCAGGAGUGUGGCAUYUGCAGGAUUGGCCCCAAGGAGGAUUUCUUCCACUGCUCCAAGUGCAAUUUGUGCCUGAGCGUGAGUCUCCGAGGAAAGCACAAGUGUAUUGAAAAUGUCUCCAGGCAGGACUGUCCGAUAUGUUUGGAGGAUAUUCACACGUCUCGUGUUGGAGCCCACGUUCUGCCAUGUGGUCACCUCCUUCACAGAACGUGUUACGACGAAAUGCUGAAGGAAGGGUACAGGUGUCCCUUGUGCAUGCACUCGGCGUUGGACAUGACCAGGUACUGGCGCCAGCUGGACAACGAAGUGGCACAGACUCCCAUGCCCACGGAGUACCAGAACAUGAUGGUGGAGAUCCUUUGCAACGACUGCAAUGCCCGCUCCACGGUGCAGUUCCACCUGCUGGGCAUGAAGUGCAAGAGCUGUGAGUCGUACAACACUGCUCAGGACGGGCGGUGCCGGCUGUCCUUGGAGGAGCAGUGACCGGGAGCCGUGCGGUGUUCGGCCGGACGGGCAACGCUCCGCCCUGGGAGAGACUGGUUUGCACACAAAGAAACUCUUGUCCAUAAGAUUUCCAGUGUUCCAAGUUCAAGGAGUCCUUCACUGCAUCAGGGAGGAGGGAGCUUAGAGGAGCAGCACRAGGAGAUGUGAUGAGCAGCUGAUGCAGCAGCAGGAGGAGCUUGGGGAUGGCUGAAGGGGAGGUGGAGGUGCAGCUCUCAGGGCUGAUGUUUCCAGGGAAAACGGGUCGUUUUGAGAGGUCUUUUGGGGCAGCACUGACAUCUGCAGGGCAGUGUGUGAGGGCCUGGUGUUCCUGGGAAUGUGUUCCAGAGCCCCGGAUUCAGUGCUGUGGGCGCUGCACCAGGGACCAGGCAGGAGUGGCAUCCUUUGGCUCCCGUCACACAUUAUCACUGUGGGUGCAGAAUUCCCUCAGAACAAGGGAAUUGYCCUGCUUGCUGGGAUGGACAGCUGGAAGAUCAAGCUGCAAARCCCCCCAUUUUCCCCUGGACACCCGUCCUGACCUGCUGCCGUCCCUUCACUCAGAUUCCUUGGCCAGCUGCAGUCGCUUUUGUCCCCGUUUCUUCCCCGUUUGGCGUUACUCACUGGCAGACCGAGGUGCUGUGGGGUUUUAGACACGUGCGUAGCUCGAUUUUGCUGGCCAAGUACCUGAAGUGAAGCACAUAGUUCACAUCAGGCUGAGCYUGAGGUGCUCACUGAAAUACCAUCACUCCAGUGGUGCAGGGACCAAUUUUCUGUGCUUUUGGCRUUUGUCAAUGGUAAAACUUCACUGCAGGGAGAGAAUGUGGGGGCGAGCGACUGCCUUUUUAAAAGAUAAAAACCCCAACCCCACCCCUUCUUUGUGUAAUGUCCUGCCCGAGGUGUUUUGCAGUCUUAAAUAUUGCAGAAAGUUCUUGAUUUCUUUGAAUUUCACAUGCAGAUAAUUUACAGUAAUGAGAUACAAAAACAGAUCAGUUACUCUUCAGGUUACAACUACUGGUUUUUAACUUGUUCUGUUGUAAAAUGAGCUUUUCUUAAUCCAACAGUGCCCCUUUCUGUAUGGAGUAUUUAGGAUUUGGAUGAUAGCUAUCGUAGUUUGCCUGGACUGAGGUAUCUUUUUCUGGAGCACUUUUCUCACUGCUAURAAUAAAUGUAAAAUAACGUCUCUAUUAAAAUAAACAAUUGG